AUGUCGUCCUGGGGUGACGGUGAUGAUCCUUGGUGUGUCAAAGAUUCCGGCAGUGCGGGUGGCGAAGCUGAAGCUGGUGAACUUGGACAUAUCUGCGAAGUCAGAGAUGCCUUUGCCGAAUUCGACAAAUCUGGCGAUUUUGUCAAAUGGCUCGAUGAAAUGCCUUAUGGCGAGGAAGAAGAUCCAGUUCGUAAGGCCAAGCGGAUUCGCGAUACUUAUGCUAUUGUAUGCGGUCGCUACCCAACCAGAGAAAGUACCUGGGAGGUUCAAACCAUCUGGAUCAACAACCCCAUCCUGCAGGAUGUUCUACGAGGCAUUAUGGGAGACCAUCCCGAUUGGAGUUUCAGAGAAGGAACUGUCAGUUUCCAAAAGCCGUUUGUUCCUUUGGUUCAUCACUGGGAGCAAUUGUGCGAGUUGGUAGACAUCGAUGCUGGUUCCGAAACCCAGAAGUUCAUGAAAUUGUUCAUGGAUUUAAUCAGGGGCGAGCUACGAGAUACUCUCAUCCGAGUCAAGCAGAUCAUGGAGACCGGAUGUGCUGCUUUCUAUGACCUUCAAUUUGUCUACAGGCCUGGUCAGCUCUUCUUUGACUCCCGUCCUCCUAUGGCCGCAGGCAUUUCCCGGGAUUACAUUCACUCCAAAGUUAUGGUCAGUCAAAUUAAGUGGGACGGGGAGGAGUAUCAUGUGGCCGUGUCGAGCUUCAACUUCCCCAGGUUCGCAGGUAUUCGGCCUAUCUCUGAACUCUGCGUCCGACCAGCAUGGGCCUGUUCAGAAGAUGACAUCAAGAGCAUGAAAGCUGCUCUCCUUGAACGUGGCCGCAAGUAUGAAGCACUACGAGGUAUUCAUUACCGCUUUUAUCCCGGUAUUCUCAAAAAAGAGCACACUCAUUGUGAAGCCGACGCAUCAGGUUGGGGAGACGCCAGCAUCCCAAGCAUCCUAAGCCUCCCCACUCAAGCGAUCGCAGGACGAAUAAUCCUCGAUGCGGCAGGUCAGCAUGGGCAUCGGGGUAGCUCCUCCGACCCCCUUUCCAGUCUUCGAAUCACCAGUGCAAUGUACACAAACGGACAGUGUUCUAAGUCCUCUACUGCUAGUGACCAUCAAGUGUCACAAGAAGAUAGCGAUCCGGAGGACGAAGAAGUCGAGGGUCCCAAGCGCCUCAAGGAUGAACAGGCUAUGUUGGCCGUUUCGACCGUCAAAUGUUUCUCGAUCGAAAACAAGAUGUGGUGGAAAGGUCUUGUCAUGCUCUUGUGUGGUCCCCCCGGCACGGGAAAGACAUUCACUGCAGAAUCUGUCUCCGAAAAUCUCAAGCGCCCUCUUUACCGCGUUGAUACUUCGGACCUGGGGAUGGAUCCCAAGACUCUAGAGGGUAAUCUCAAGACUGCUCUUGAUCGCUGUGCCCGCUGGGACGCCAUUCUAUUACUUGACGAAGCCGAUUUGUUCCUUGAAAAGCGCACCAGCAGCAAUCUUACACAGAACGAGAUGACUACCAUUUUCCCUCGCAUCCUGGAAUACUACAAGGGCGUCAUGAUGCUCACCACGAACCGCUACCUUGCAAUCGAUCCCGCAGAGGACAAGGCGUUGGCUGGAGACAGCGAUGCGAUUGCGAAGCUGGCCAGCAUGCCUCUUAAUGGCCGACAGAUCAAGAGCGCCGUCAAGACAGCUCGAAUCCUCGCUACCAGCGAGAACUUGCCUCUUGCAGUUGAUCAUUUGCAGACGGUUGUUUUCAUGCGAAUGAAAGCGUUGAAGAUGCUUGAGUAG